AUGAAGGCCUUGAAAAUCCUUCUCGUCGACUACGACGACGGCAUCGUUGGACGGUCAGUCAAAGCUGCUUAUUCCCAACUAGCAAGCCCCAGCUUUCCAAUUAUCAUUGAACAUUCAUCGACCGAUUAUCCCACUGCAAACAACAUUCGAGAAGCCGUCUGCAAGGGUCACUACUGGGGUGCGAUUUACGCCAAUCCUAACGCAUCUUCACGGUUGUCUGCCGCACUUGCCUCUCCCGAAGCUGCCCAAACAUACCAAAACUCUGGGGCGUUGACUUAUAUUUCGAACGGCGGAAGAUAUCCCUCCUACAGCCAAGUCAUCUCUUCGAGUCUCCAGAUCCUAGUCCAGGGGACUAGAGGUGCCUACAAUGCUAUGAUGGGAAUCGAAGCGAUGGCUACAGCCAACACGACAAAUGCGAAUAUCGCCCAGGUCUUAUUUGACCCGAUUGCCGCCUCAUCCAUUGAUAUUAGUCCGAUAAACCAGGGUGUCCGUUUCUACUACAACACUGUCACGAUGGUCAUGGUUAUCUUGCCACAAUUCUUCUUCGUUAUGGCGCUAAACGGUAUCUCAGCUCAAACAAACAUCUUUGGCUUACUGUCCCUGAAAAAGAACAUCGCUUUUCGACUGGGUGUGUCUAUCAGCUUCACUAUCAUCGCAUCACUCUGUAUGACAGGCUAUAUUUGGGCCUUCCGAGAAGAUUGGGGAGUCACAUCCGGCCAAUUCGCAUUGACAUGGAUGGCGGUAUGGCUCGCCAUGCACCUUAACUACUUCAUCAUCGAUUCCGUAACAGCAGUUGCCCCGAUAAGUCUCAUGCCAUUUUUCAUUCUAACUUGGGUCAUAAUGAAUGUCGCAAGCACUCUCGCUCCUUUCGAGUUGUCUCCUGGGUGGUACCGCAUCGGAUAUGCCCUCCCGGUCUAUGAGCUCUACCAAGUCCUCCUCGAUAUCUGGACUCACAGCUGCAACCCGACUCUAUAUUGGUCACUGCCUAUCUUGUUCUCUUGGUGGCUUGUCGCUUUGGUCGCCUUCGUCGCCGCAAUGCGUUGGCGAGUCCUUUCAGCUUCCGUCCAGUCUACGGAGCCGAGUGUUGUCGAUUCUGAGAAGGCCUAA